ACACUGCAGUCUUGUGCCCUAACAAAUCACGUGUAGACUAGGUUGCUUCUAACAUCACAGGUGAUUACGUCUUGUUUAAAAAUGUACAGCCCAUUUGAUUAUCUUAAAUAGACCGGGGUACCCAUUAUCAGAAAACAGUGACAGUUCUUGCUCAUUACUACAAGAAACGUUGGGAGCCGUGGGUGAACUGAAGUUGCCUCAGCUACCCCUUUAAGACACCGCAGUAGCUGAAUGGUUUAGUAUAGUGUUUCACGCUUUUUUCCCUCAAUUGACUCGCAUCCUUCUCUCUGGACUCCGCUAAUCAUCCUGGCGUGCUUUGACACACAGGGUUUAUAGGGAUUUCGUGCUGCAAGUGCGAGCGCAGCGACAACAGUAGUCUUAGCAGAAGAUGGAUUUAACGUUAUUCCAGUACAGCAUUUUCGCUGGGGUAUCAGUUUUGCUCCAGGCUGUUUCACCAAUCUCAGCUACAGCCUUACUGGAACCUUUCGAUCGCCUGUAUGACAGUGGUGUUGAAGCCUUCUAUAGCAGUGACUAUGAAAGUGUGGUGUACUACAUGGAGAAAGCGCUCCGUAGUUACUCUGAACUUCGCCACACCAAAGUCCGAUGCAGGCUGAAAUGCAAGGAUCAGCACCCUUUAGAUGGAUCCGACUCGGACCUGCAGUUCUUCGAUUCGGUGCUUAGAAGGGCUGCUUGCCUGAAUGACUGCAUCGAGAAGAAAACCGGGUCCCAGUCCAUGCACAUGGCAAGCGAAGAUGUCAUUCAAGAUUUCAACAGGAGGACACCGUAUAACUUUCUUCAGCUAGCUUACUAUAAGCUGAACCAGUUAGACAAGGCAGCAGAAGCAGCCCACACUUACUUUCAAGCAAAUCUGGAGCAUGUGGAGAUGUGGCAGAACCUGGAAAACUAUAAGCUGCUGGAGGGAGUUGAAGAGAGCUAUUUCCAAGACAGGGAAGCACGGCCACAUCAGCAAGCCUUCACAACGGGAGUGAAACACUAUGAUGAUGGGAACUAUGAGAAGGCAAUUGAGUUCUUCGAAGAGGCACUGGUGGAAUACUACAAGGCUGACGUGGAGUGCAGGGCACUGUGUGAGGGACCUCAAAAAUUCGAGGAAUAUGAGUACUUGGAGUACCGCCCAAGCCUUUACAGAGCAAUUUCAGAUCACUAUACGCAGGUCUUGGCUUGUGAGCACGAGUGUGUGAGAGAGCUGGCCACACGACCAGGCCGGCUGUCACCCAUGGAAAACUACCUGCCUCUGCACUAUGACUAUCUCCAGUUCGCCUACUUCAAAGUGGACAAAAUCUCUGAAGCUUUGGAAUGUGCCGAGACCUACCUUCUAUUUCACAAGGGGGAUGAGUUCAUGACUGAAAACAUGGAGUUUUACAAGGAGGUUCUGGGUGAAGAACGAAAGCCCAGACGGGAGGCUGAAAGGUACAUCAGCCGUCACCAGAAGGAAGCAGAACUUCUCACUGUGGGCACUGCAAAUCUCGGUGUUGAAUAUACAGAGCCGAAUUACUGGAGCAGCACAGGGGGAAGAGAGGAUGUGAACAGGGUUCCUUCAGGCACGGAUGGGUGGCUAGACUAUGUCCCCAUAACAGAGAAGAAGAACACUACCUCAGGAAUUGCACGUGAGCUGAGAGAAGGUGGACCUUUACUGUACGAUGAAGUGAAGUUAGUCCUGAACUCAGAGAUGCUCAAUGGCAGCCAGCGAGUCCUGUUUGACAGUGUCAUUACGGAGGAGGAGUGUUUGGAACUCAAAAAUGUGGCCAACACAAUUGUCAUAGCAGGAGAUGGGUACAGAGGGAAGAUGUCACCUCACACUCCAAAUGAGAAAUUUGAAGGAGCCACAGUCCUGAAAGCUUUGCAGUAUGGCUACGAGGGACGAGUCCCACUGAAAAGUGCCCGUUUGUUUUACGAAACUAGCGAAAAGGCUAGGAAAAUCAUCGAGUCCUAUUUCAUGCUGAACACAACACUGUACUUCUCUUAUACUCACCUUGUCUGCAGGACUGCUGUUAAAGGCCAACAAGACCACCGGAACGAUCUGAGCCAUCCCAUCCACGCAGAUAACUGCCUGCUGGACCCUGAGGCACAUGAGUGCUGGAAAGAGCCACCUGCGUAUACCUACAGGGAUUACAGUGCCCUUUUAUACCUAAAUGGAGAUUUUGAUGGAGGGGAGUUUAUUUUCACUGAAAUGGAUGCAAAAACAGUGACAGCCUCCGUGAAGCCCAGGUGUGGGCGAAUGGUGGGCUUCUCGUCUGGAGGGGAGAAUCCUCACGGUGUGAAAGCAGUAACCAGUGGACAGAGGUGUGCAGUGGCACUGUGGUUUACUCUGGAUCCUCUAUACAGAGAGAUGGAAAGGCUGCAGGCUGACGAGGUGAUCCACUCCUUAGACAGCGACAACUUGAAUAAAGAACUUCAAAUAAACCCCCGGGACGAACUGUGAGGAGAACGUGGAGGUCACGGAGCAUAAUGUUAUCUAUUUAUUUAAUUGCAUUGAUCUUUACAGAAUGUUUUUAUUUUUGUACUGUGUCUGAAGUGCCAGUUUUCCAGUUUGUGUGGACGUGUGUGAAAUCGCGGAGACAAUCUGUGUGCUCCUCAUACCAGUACUCGAGUCUGCUUUCUGUGAUUAGAGUCUCCCAGACCUGUGCAUAUUUUUACCCUAAGUAGUCAUCCAGGCACAAAUUCGCCAAACACUAUUGGAGGUCAAACUAGCUGAUGCCAAAAAAAGCCUUUCAGCUUUCAUUUUCUGAAAAGCUGUAAAAGAUUAAAGGUUUGCUGUUCAUGAUUUGUCUUAUUUGAAAGCAAAGACUGGUCUGCAAUUUAAAUUAUUAAUCUUAUGUCCCAUUCAGAUCUCAAGCGCAUUUUUCAUGCUCACUGAAAUUUGUUUAGAGGUUUAUUUUUUCUCAGUUUUUCUAUUUAUUUAUAGAUUUUGUAUAGUGGAAUUCUUAGUUAUUUUGGAAAUGCCAUUAUUUAAGCCUGUUUGGAUGUAAUCAUUUAUGUGCCAAUUUAUUGUGCAGUGGUGCUCCAAAGAAGUUUGAGUUUGUGUAUCCAAUGUUUUUCCAGGUGAGUUUGGGUCUGUUUGUGUAUUUAAAAAUUCAGUUGGUAUUAGAUCAUGAAAUUUUGUUUCAGAAUUCUACUUCAUUUGCAUACACCAGCCAUUAAUUCAGCAGUGUAUGCAAAUAAAGUAGAAUUGUUUCUAUUGACUCUCUUAUUUUGGAUCAACCUCAAAACUAAAUUCUUUAAUGUGCCAUAUUUAAUCUAAAUGAUCUAUACAAUUCAGGAGGAGAAUUCUCUCUGUCCCAUUAAGGCCAACAAACACUGCUAGUGAAGUUUAACCAAAACAUUACCUCUGCUAUCUUCUGAGUGAAGGAAAAAAAUCUGAGAAUCUGUUAAAUUCACAGAUUCUCAGACUGAAUUAAGUAUUACGUAAAAAGAUAGGCAGAAGACAUUCUAAUCACUUUUCCACAAAAUAUGAUUUUGAGUUUUGUAUUCAGAAGACUUAAAAGGGUGGCUUCUAUUUUGGACUGUUCUCCUAACAAAGCCUUCGUGCCAUGCUAGAUGAUAAAAAUGCCCCCCUUUGUAAAACAGUAUGUUUGAACUUUGUUUUAAGCCAAAACACCAUCAUAAACAUUCUAAAGAUGCCUGGCUGCGCGUUAGUAAUCAUAAGCUGCCACUAUGAUUGUUAACAUUUAAAAGAUCUUUUAUUUAUUUCUGUUUCAAGAAAUUUUAAAUUUGAGGUGGCAGACAGAAAUUGUUUAUUUUCCAAGAAGCCAUGUUGACUGGCACCAUUGUAUUGGGUCCAGUGGACACUUUGAAGUGUGCUAAUGCCAACUGUACUGUUUUAUUAUUUAAACAUCCACUGCACCUUUUGAGUAUUUGUUGAGUUGUAUUGCUAUUACAAAGUGGAAUUUUGGAGAGCGUGCUGAGCAACCCAGUUGUUUUCACUUUCCUUGUAAUGCCUAUGUAAAUAAGAAUUCUGCUGCAUAUCAGUGAUGGUGUUCCUUCUACAUUAUUUAAUUAAAUUAUUGUUAAACUGUAGAUGGAUUUUAAAAAAAUAAACUUUUCUUUUUCAUGCA